GUUGUGAAAACAAUAAUGAAGAUGCUGUAAUCCAUACUACUAAUCCAAUUCUAUUACAAUAUAAAUUGUUUUAUUUUAAACUUUAUAUUAUAAAUGAUAGCAAAACUGAUGAUAAUGAUGAUAAUGACAAUGAAGAUAAUGAAUAUGAAGAUGAUAAAUAUAAAGAUGAUAAAUAUAAUAAAUGUGAAGAUGAUGAAUAUAAAGAUAAUCAAUAUAAAGAUAAUCAAUAUAAAGAUGAUGAAUAUGAAUAUGAUAAUGAAGAUGAAAAAAAGUGCAAGAUGCAAAAUAUCUCGUAA